AAAAAAUUAAUCCUGACGUUUGGGUGGCCAUAUUAUUUAUAGUGAUUGUCAGCAUUCAUUUGAUUGGUGCAAGAGGUUAUGGUGAAGCAGAAUUCAUCAUUGGUUGUACCAAAUUAACAAUGUUAUGUGGAUUUAUCAUCAUGGGUAUUUGUGUUACUUGUGGUGCUAAUCCAAGACAUGAAUUCAUUGGUGGUUCUCUUUGGGUUGAUCAUUGGAAUUUCAAAGGUUUAUGUAGUGUUUUUGUCACUGGUUCUUUUGCCCUUGGUCAAUCUGAAUUUAUUGCAUUAACCGCUGCUGAACAAAGUAACCCAAGAAAAGCCAUUCCAAUGGCUUGUAAAUUGAUUUUAUGGAAAGUUUGUAUCUUCUUCCUUGUUUCUUUAUCAAUGGUUGGUUUGUUGGUUCCUUAUACCUCUGAUAGAUUAAUGGGUAGUGCUGGUGGUAAGAAUCAUGCCUCUCCUUUCGUUCUUGCUGCUCAAUUACAUGGAGUUAAAGCUGUUCCUUCAAUCAUUAAUGCCGUCAUUUUAUUAUCAGUCACUUCUGUUGCAUCUUCGGCUUUAUACUCAGCUUCAAGAACUUUACAAUCUUUAGCAGAACAAGGUUCUUUCCCAUCUUAUUUCAACUAUAUCGAUAAACGCGGUAGACCUUUAAGAACCUUAAUCUUCUGUUCAAUUUGUGGUAUUUUCUCCUUCAUUGCUGCCUACAAGAAACAAGAAACUGUUUUCGCCUACCUUUUAUCUAUUUCAGGUUUAUCUCAAAUUUUCACUUGGAAUAUCAUUUGUUUAUCUCACGUUAGAUUUAGAGCUGCAUUGAAAUAUAAUAAUAUCAGUACUGAUUCCUUAGGUUAUGUUUCUGGUACUGGGGUCUGGGGUUCUGUUUAUGCCAUCAUUUGGCACUGGUUGAUUAUUAUCGCUCAAUUCUGGAUUGCUUUAUUCCCAGUGGGUUCAAGCAAACCUAGUGUUGAAAAUUUCUUCCAAAACUAUUUGGCUCCCAUCUUCUUUUUAAUCUGCUACAUUGGUCAUAAAAUAUGGACUAGAAAUUGGAGAUUAUUUUAUAGAGUCGAUCAAAUCGACGUCUAUACCAAUCGUAUCUUAUUUGAUGAAGAAGUUUUGAAUUUGGAAAGAAAAGAAGCCAAAGAACAAUUCUCUCAUAAACCUUGGUAUAAGAAAAUCUUCCACUUCUUAUUUCAAUAAGUUUUUUAUGUUAUACGUUUAUACUUGAUGAUUAU